ACAUGGAGCCGAUCCACGGUCGGAGUGGACCCUUCCAGGUUUGAGAUCCAUAUGUUCAUCUGGUGUUUCCAAACCCAAAAUCUUUUGUACCAGGCAGCAACUUUGCUAGCUACGUUCAUCAAAAAAUAUGAACACAAAAUAUCAUGAGACACCGCUUCGGUACUCAGGGCAAGCUCGACGUUGCCCAGCCAGGUACCAGCCACUGGGAGGUAAACAGCUGGUGCGGCGCCGAACCUUCCAAGUCGGUGUGAGAGUGGGUUACUUACCAACGAAUCCUAUCCCAGCCACUGACAUUUCCUCGAUCUCUCUCAGCUUCAUGGUUUGGACUUCCCUUUUCUCUUCACUUUGCUCGUACAUGUAGGUGCAUAUUUUCCAUUUUCAAUUCCAAUUCCACGCGUACUCCUGAUUUUUACACACUACAAGUGGCGCACUGCUCAUUCCGACCCCGCCCAAGAAUCCCGCAAUGCGCCUUGAUUCUAUCCUCCGGCUUCCGGCUUCAAUACUACUCCUGACAGCUUCACACACCAUAUCCGCAGAAUCUAGCGACGAGAAUGAAAAUCCCGCGCCAUGGCAAGCAAACCUCGACGCUAGGAACCGUGCGCAAGACGGAUUUCUGCGACGACGGGCGGUCGAGGAGCAUUUACGGAUGGGAAGGCGUCCGGUUGGAGUCAUGAAAAUGAGUGAGGACGAAGGAGAGAAGUUCUACAUGGAAUACUGGCAAUUUGACGGAGAUUCGACACCAUCACUUCUACAGGCUUCCUCCCCAUUACGACCCCGCGAUGACGAGGAAACUAUUCUGUUAUCGAAUGGGACUAUGGUCAUGUCUUUUAGAUCGCCAUUUGCUCUACAUACUCCAGAUGAGGUGAACCGUAUGGAUCUUCGAGCUAGGGGGGCGGCGGUUUUGGCAUUGCUUGAGAAGAGAGCUUUUAUAUGUCCGGUUGGAACAUUGGAUUGUUCGAGCAUUGGAUAUCCAAACAGUUGUUGUUCGACGAGUGAAAGUUGUUUCAAGAUUGAGGAUACGGGAUUGGGACCUGUUGGGUGUUGUCCCAAGGGAAGUACUUGUGGUGGAACGAUAUCGAGUUGUGAUGCGCCGAAUACACCGUGUGCUGCGAAUCUUGGUGGGGGCUGUUGUAUUCCGAAUUAUACCUGCGAGGGCGUUGGAUGUAAGUAUUGGCGGGGAUAUACUGACAUUCAAAAACUGAUAACUUUCAGGUGUUCAAAUUUCCACGGUUAUUGUUACUGCAACUCCACCGGCUGCUUCUACGUCUUCAAUCGUAAUUGUAUCACCACCUACGACGAGCUCCACUAGACCAUUAACAACCUCAAUUGCCUCGCCCUCAACUACACCCAUCUCCACAAGCCAAACACUAACAACAACAGCCACGGGUGUUCCCCCAGUCCGGCCUACGAGCGAGUCCAUAUCUACACCCACUUCAGGCAUCGAAACCCUGUGCCCAACAGGAUUUUACGCCUGCUCAGCACACUACGAUGGAGGAUGUUGUCGCGUAGGACGAAACUGCGAGAAAACCUCGUGCCCGACCACAAGCUCAACAACCAUCAUCAGCAACGGCCUUACAAUAGCCGUCCCCAUCGGACCAGCAGCUACAUCAGCGCAUCCAACUGGAGCUUGCGCAACGGGAUGGACAAGCUGCGCUCAAACCGAUGGAGGGAAUUGCUGUCCGACUGGGUUCCAAUGCGGGACGGCGAGCUGUACGAGUCUUUCUGCUAGUGCUACUGCUAUCGUUGGGAAGGGAACUCCGAAUUCUGGGACGCGGAUCGAUAGGGGAGUCGCUUGGAUUUUCGCAACGGCUGCGCUUUUACCGGUAUUCUUGUUUGUAGUGUAG